GAAAGCAAAGGGAGGCACAUUACGCCAGAAGGUGUAAGAAGAAAAGUUAAGACUCGAUAGGCGCAGCAGCAUCAUCGAAUGGGAAUAGGCCGCAGUAUACCAGCAAACAUGAGUGGACCAGUAGCAGAAUUUGUUAAGAGCGCCAUCGCCAAGGAUAAGGUGGUAAUCUUCUCGAAGACCUACUGCCCCUACUGUACCAUGGCAAAGGAGCCCUUCAAGAAACUGAAUCAAGAGUACGCAUGCUACGAACUUGAUAAGCGCAACGAUGGUGAUGAAAUUCAAUCCGUUCUAGGAGAGUUGACCGGAGCCAAGACCGUUCCCCGUGUGUUCAUAAAUGGCAACUUUGUCGGUGGUGGCACGGACAUCAAAAAAAUGUUCGACGAUGGUCGGUUAGCGAAAAUGAUCGCUUAAGCUGCUCUCUCCUCAGCUUCCUAACGUAAAGUGUAAAAGCAUUUUAUUGUUUCUUUACUUUUCUGUUUUAAAUCGUUUUUUGAAUAAAUUAUCGAUUUGUUAUUGGAAAA